AAAAGAGCUUCGGAACUACAUCUCUUAGUUGAACCAGCCAACCGAGCAGAUCAAUCAAAUCCGAUCAAUCAAUCAAUUCAAUCAAUCAACCAGCCAACCGACUAACCUGCCCUACUCUCUCUGUUUUUUUUUUCCAUUGCCAUGCCAAUAAUUGACGCAACAAGCUCCAUCAAGGUCCCACCCCCACUACUGCUUCUACUAACACCUCCACCACCAAAACACUACAUAUACCUACCCCCUCCGUCCCCGCCAUGAAUCCUUCUCUCUCUAAGUUUAUGCUUGCACAUACUCCAAAACAUAUCCUCGAUCCCCAGCCCACCAUGAACACUCCCCUCAAGCUCAACACCGGCGCCACCAUCCCCGCCCUCGGCCUGGGAACAUGGCAGUCCGCCCCCGGAGAGGUCAAGGCCUCCGUCAUUCACGCCAUUGAGGCUGGCUACAGGCACAUUGACUGCGCCUACUGCUACCAGAAUGAGGACGAGGUCGGUGAGGCCAUCCAGGACGUCAUCAAGAGGGGCAUCGUCAAGCGCGAGGACCUUUUCAUUACCAGCAAGCUCUGGUGCACAUUCCACACCAGGGCCGAGGAGGGUCUCCAGAAGAGCUUAGACUUGCUCAAGUUGGACUAUGUCGACCUCUACCUUAUGCACUGGCCCGUCCCCAUGAACCCCAAGGGAAACCACCCUCUCUUCCCCAAGCACGAGGACGGCUCCCGUGACAUCGAUCUCAGCAUAACCCACAUCGACACCUGGAAGGGUCUCGAGGCGCUGAUCAAGAAGAACCCCGACAAGGUCAAGGCCAUCGGUGUCGCCAACUACUCUGUCAAGUACCUCGAGAAGCUCCUCGCGCAGGCCACCAUCGUGCCCGCCGCCAACCAGAUCGAGAACCACCCUCUCCUCCCCCAGCAGGAGGUCGUCGACUUCUGCAACGAGAAGGGCAUCCACAUCACCGCGUACAGCCCGCUCGGCAGCACGGGAUCGCCGCUCUUCAAGGACGAGACCGUCCUCGAGGUCGCGAAGAAGCACAGCGUCGGCGCCGGAACCGUCCUCCUCAGCUACCAUCUCGCACGCAACUCUUCCGUCCUCGCCAAGUCCGUCACCCCGGCUCGCAUCGACGAGAACCGCAAGCUCAUCACCCUCGACUCUGAGGACCUCCAGAAGCUCAAGGGUCUCUCUGCCAACGGUGUCACCCGCUUCGUGUACCCUCCCUUUGGCGUCAAUGCUGGAUUCCCAGACAAGCCCGAUGGCAUCGACCUCAGCGGUUAAGUGUCAAAUUACGUUUAAAAAUAGAAGAGAAGGUAAUGAUUUGUUGGGAUGGAAUGUUUUUAUGAUGGUGUAUACCCCACUUCGCCUUUCACCAAUUGUAGAAAGAAUUUUUGAGUAUAUGAUUGGAAUAGAUAGGAGGAGAAAAAAUGAAUACAACUAAACAUG